AUGAUUUUUAAAAGACUGACGUGGGAGCUAGCGCAGGGAACAGGCCUAAAUCCCAGACAAUACGGCUUCACGGCGCAAAAAAGCACAGAGGACGCGCUGUACGAUGUCAUAACCUACGCGAAGGAGGGGCUGAAUAGUAAAAUGUUGACGGCCAUAGUCUCCCUGGAUAUAGAGGGCGCGUUCGACGGAGCUUGGUGGCCAAUAAUCCUGAGGGAACUAGGUACCCACUGCGGAGACCAGUGGCUGAUGGGCAUCGUCUCCAGCUACUUGGAAGACAGGAACGUGACCCUCAACUAUCUCGGGAAGACGGUCAGGCGGAGAACCGAAAGAGGAUGCAUCCAAGGCUCGAUCGGAGGGCCACUGCUGUGGAACUUGCAGCUGGACCCCCUGCUGCGAGAGGCUGAAGGGGGAAGCGCCCAGCUGCAGGCUUUCGCAGAUGAUAUAGUCAUCAUGGCGAGGGCAAACACCACUGAGGAACUCAACAGGAAGAUCAAUGACGCGUUAGAAAUGGUUGCAAGAUGGGGCAUGAAGCAUAAGCUCCGGUUCGCCCCACACAAGACACAAGCGAUCUUAAUAACGCGCAAAUUAAAAUAUGACACGCCAACAUUCCAGAUGAUGUCGACACAAAUCGCCCUGGACAAUAAACUAAAACUUCUAGGUCUCACAAUAGACGAAAACCUGGGGUUCGGACUCCACAUAGAGAAUGUCUCCACCAAGGCACUGAACCUUUUUAAAGUGGUAAGCAGAAUGGCAAAGACUCGAUGGGGAUUAAACCCGGAUAUAUUGAAAACCAUUUAUUACACCGUAGUUGAGCCUACAAUACUCUACGCUGCUGGGGCCUGGGGAAGUGUAGCAACUAGGGUCCACGCCAGGAAAAAACUAGACAGGAUAACCAGAGCUUUCGGUAUAAAAAUAGCCAAAGCCCACCGCACAGUAUCCACUGUCUCAGCGGCAAUCCUGUCACAAAUAAUACCACUGGACCUUAGGCUGCAGGAGCAAAAGGAGCUCUAUGAGGUAAAGAGAGGCAAAACCCUCCCGGAGUUGCCGGAAGGGAAACUGCAGCCUAGGGCCCACCCGUCGAUACUCCCGCAUCCGGCAGAUAGGAAACGACUCACCUUUAGCCUCACAAAAACCGAGGAGGACUUGACGGAGGGGCCCUCCCAGGGGGACACCUGGAGGGUCUACACGGAUGGCAGCAAAAUCCAAGGAAAGGUAGGCGGCGCGAUAACAUGGUGGUCGGGAGGGGAGGAGCGGGACAGUACGAGCUUCAGGCUAGCGGAUCACUGUUCGGUGUACCAAGCCGAAAUGAUGGCACUCUACCAAGCCACGAGCAUGGCGAAGGACAAGGAACACCGGACAGUGAUCUACUGUGACUCUAGGUCCUCACUUCAGGCAGUUGCCGACCCAAACUCCCUUAACCCGAUAGCAGUAAAAAUCAGGGAAAACCUGGAGGAGGCCCUAACAUGGGGAAAUCCGAUAGAGCUAUCUUGGAUAAAGGCGCACGUGGGCCUGGAAGGAAAUGAGAGGGCGGACCAGCUAGCCAAGGCGGCGGCCCUAGACCCGGAAAAGACCCCGCUGUAUAACAAAUUCCCUCUCUCGUUCGCAAAAAGAAUAAUAAGAGCCAGGACCCUGAGAAGGUGGCAAAGUAGAUAUGAGGAGACGGAAAGAGCCUCAGGCACGAAGCUGUUCUUCCGGGAUGUGCGGGGCGCUAAAAGGAUUAUGGAGAGACUGGGUAACAGGAACACCAUCGCACAACUACUAACAGGGCACGGGGGCUUCAAACAAUACCUCCACAGGUUCAAGCUGAGUAACGACCCCCAUUGCUCCUGCGACGGACAAACCGUGGAGACAGUUACACACAUCCUCACGGAAUGCCCAAGGUAUGGCCCCGAGCGGUACGCCUGUGAGUGCGCAAUAGAUAUGAGUGUUACGGAGGGCAACUUCGUGAGGAUGCUGGAGGACGACGGAAUAAGGAAACACUUCGUGGACUUCGCGGAGGGCGUCAUAAGGAGAGCGGCGAGACAGAACGGAGCCACGGCAGUAUAG